UUUGAAUAUCUUCGACUCUGCAGUUGAUCAACUAAGCUAAGCAGUCGUUGGUUCUAAGCAACCGUCGUCUUUCACAAAUCCACACACACUGGAGGUGCGAACUGCGUGAAAUUUACAUGGCGACGAUGCCGUCGACGUGUUUUCUCGGCCGGGGAUUGUUCGACGGUGGCCUCAAAGGCGGCCUUGUUGUUGUACGAUUUUGCCCUACGCCGUCUCAGCGUUUGUUCCCUGCGUCUUGCAGAAUGCGACAUCGUAGCUUCAGAUUGCGAAAUAAGAGACAGCAAGCAAAGAAAACCAAUAUUGACCGUUCGACAAAUACAAAUUUGCCGCCGAAUGGAGACUCUGAUCAAAUCUACUUGUCUACAAGUAGAACCUUACAUUCAAAUCAAGAGAUAGCUUCUAACGACAAUGUUCCAGUCCUACGCGAAGAUGGAUUUUCAAACAAGAAGGAUUACAACAAUUCGUUUGCACUAGAGGAAGUUACAAAUGACACCGUUAGUUCUGCAGAGGAAACAUCACAUUUAAUAGAUGAGAAGUCCACUGCUAUAGAUGGAGGAGAACAAGUAUCUGGCAUUCAUCUCGAAGAUCUGAUUUGGAUGAUAAGAAAUGCUGAGAAGAAUAUACACCUUCUCAAUCGAGCUCGUAUGCGCGCCCUUGAAGACCUUGAAAAGAUUCUUGGAGAGAAAGAGUCUUUGCAGGGAGAAAUCAACAUUUUGGAGAUGAAAUUGGUCGAAACAGAUGCGCGCCUCAAAAUGGCCACACAAGAGAAGAUACAUGUUGAGGUCCUGGAAAACCAAUUGGAAAACCUGCGAAAUGAAGUAUCGAGUAGGGGUCGACAUAAAGAAAAUGCAGAAGAUACUACUGACUAUUAUGCUCCUCCAGAAAGUGACCUUGUCAGCACAUUUAGCCAAGAAUUGGAUUCGUUAAGGGCAGAGAACAUGUCCCUGAAGGACGAACUAUGGGUUUUGAAGGACAAGCUUAGUAGUUUCAGAGAUACCGAUGAACGCAUUAAGACACUUGAAAAAGAACGUGUAUUUCUAGCAUCUUCUUUGACAGAGUUAGAGUCUAAACUCGCUGUGUCUCGUGAGGAUAUAUCAAAUAUGUCUGGUUUGAAGUUCGAAUGCAAAAGUUUAUACGAGAAAGUGGAGGAUUUACAAGCGCUGCUGGAUAAGGCUACUAAACAGGCUGACCAAGCUAUUCUUGUGCUGCAGCACAAUCAAGAACUACGCAAGAAGGUUGACCGGCUAGAACAAUCUCUAGACGAUGCAAAUGUGUAUAAACUGUCGUCCGAGAAAAUGCAAGAGUAUAAUAAACUAAUGCAGCAUAAGAUAAAACUACUGGACGAGCGCCUUCAGAAGUCCGAUGAGGAAAUCAAUUCCUAUGUUCAGUUAUAUCAGGACUCCAUGAAGGAGUUUCAGGAUACUUUAAAUAAAUUGAAAGAAGAAAGCAAGACAAAGGAAGAAGAUGAAUUUGAAAAUGAGAAGCCUCGUGAAUUUUGGAGUAACUUACUGCUUAUGGUGGAUGGGUGGUAUCUUGAGAGGAAGAUAACGGUGGAUCAAGCAAAGAUGUUGAGAGAAAUGAUAUGGAAUAGGGAGGAGAGUAUAUGUGGUGUGUAUUUGUCAUCUAAGGAAAAGAAUGAGUGUGAAAUAAUUUCAGCAUUUUUACAAUUGACAACGCCAACAACAGGUGAGAGGUUACAUGUGGUACACAUUGCUGCAGAGAUGGCGCCUGUGGCUAAGGUUGGUGGAUUGGGAGAUGUGGUGACUGGUCUCAGUAAAGCACUUCAGAAGAGAGGACACCUCGUGGAGAUUGUGUUACCAAAAUAUGACUGCAUGCAUUAUGAUCUAAUUCGUGACUUGAAGGCUUUGGAUGUUCCUGUCGAGUCAUAUUUUGAUGGCAAGUUAUUUAAAAACAAAAUUUGGGUUGGCACUGUCCAAGGGCUUCCUGUUUACUUCAUUGAGCCUCAUCACCCUAGUAAGUUCUUCUGGAGGGGUCAAUAUUAUGGAGAGCAAGAUGAUUUUAAGCGGUUCUCAUACUUCAGUAGGGCAGCACUUGAGUUACUUCUCCAAGCUGGCAAGAAACCAGACAUAAUUCACUGUCAUGAUUGGCAGACAGCAUUCGUUGCACCUCUUUAUUGGGAUUUAUAUGUGCCAAAAGGACUGAAUUCAGCGAGAAUAUGUUUUACAUGUCACAAUUUUGAGUAUCAAGGAGCUGCACCAGCUUCGGAUCUAGCAUCAUGUGGUCUUGAUGUUUACCGCCUGAAUAGACCUGAUAGGAUGCAGGAUAAUUCAUCAAAUGACAGGGUCAAUCCUGUGAAGGGUGCAAUAGUCUUCUCAAAUAUUGUGACGACUGUUUCUCCAUCCUAUGCUCAAGAGGUGCGGAGUUCUGAGGGAGGACGUGGGCUACACACAACACUUGAUUCACAUUCAAAGAAGUUCGUUGGAAUUUUAAAUGGAAUUGAUACUGAUGCGUGGAACCCAGCAACCGACCCAUUUUUAGAAGCUCAGUAUAGUGUCAAUGAUAUCGAAGGCAAGGCAGAAAACAAAGAAGCUUUGAGAAGACAUCUUGGUUUGUCCUCGGCUGAUAUUCGACAGCCAUUGGUUGCCUGCAUAACUCGAUUGGUGCCUCAAAAGGGUGUACAUCUUAUAAGGCAUGCAAUGUAUAGGACACUGGAAUUUGGUGGUCAAUUCGUGCUUCUGGGAUCUAGUCCAGUUUCACAAAUUCAGGAAAGCUGCGCUUUUCUCAAUUAGAGUGUUUUUAGCCUUGUUACAAUUAAAAAAAUGAGUGCGUAGAUAGAAAGGGAAGAAAAAUGCAUUCCUAAUUGAAAGCAUACUUUAAGAAAGUUGCACGUAUCUUUUAGUGGGUAAUGAGAAUUCUCUUUCUGCAGAGAGAGUUUGAAGAUAUUAGCAACAAAUUCAAGACUCAUGAGCAUGUUAGACUGAUACUGAAAUACGAUGAGGUUCUUUCCCACUUAAUCUAUGCGGCCUCUGACAUGUUUAUCAUCCCAUCCAUAUUUGAGCCUUGUGGGCUUACACAGAUGAUUGCUAUGAGAUAUGGUUCAAUUCCAAUAGCUAGAAAGACAGGUGGAUUAAAUGACAGUGUUUUUGACGUAGAUGAUGACACAAUACCUGUCCAGUUCAGAAAUGGAUUUACGUUUUUGACAGCUGAUGAGCAGGGAUUGAACAAUGCUUUAGAACGCGCAUUUAACCAUUACAGCAAUGAUGGUGAUGGUUGGGAACAGCUUGUCCGAAAGGACAUGAGCAUCGAUUUUAGUUGGGAAACUUCAGCAUCCGUCUAUGAAGAACUUUAUCAGAAGUCUGUAGCGAGAGCAAGGGCUGCAAAUCGUACGUGAGCCCAUUAUGUUGGCUGAAUUUGUUCCAAGUUCACAUUGCUCAACCGUUGAUGCAUAGUUUUUUUCUCGAAAGGGCUCGUGAGAGGUUUUGAUUCUUGAAAGUUUAGCUAUGAGAUGGACACUAACCAGUAAAGAGGGUAGCACCAUAAUUUGAUUCCUCUCUUGGGAUCUGAUUUCAUGAUGCAGCAUGUAGAGGCUGCAUGCAUAGCUUCUUCACCCCUUUAUUUAGUUUUUGGUUGUGUAAAUCAUGUCAAGUGUAACUAGUGCUCUUUGUAACCAAAUCAGAAAAAUUAUUCCACAAUUUUGGUGGGGUUCGUAUACCAAUAAUCGAAAAUUAUUUUGGGUCAAAUGGAGCAACUUGACUAAGUCAAAGGAAGAAGGUGAGUUUGGUUUCAAGAACUUGCAUUUGUUUAACAAAGCGAUGCGGGGGAAACAAGUGUGGCGGGUGCUUUCGUCCCCGGUCUUGCUAGUAUCUCGGGUGAUUAAAAAGCCAAGUAUUUUCACUCUGACAAUUUCGUGGAGGCUAUGGUCCGCUCAGAUUCCUCUUUCAUGUCUUUUGUGGGGACGAGAGGGCCCUUCAAGCUUGAUUGAGAUGGGGAGUGGGGGACGGGACGCAAAUCAAAGUAUACCAGAUUCAUGGAUACCCCACUU